AUGGUCAAGAAUUCUGAUAAAGCAGUCCAAAAAACAACAAAUAAAAUACUGAAGACAGCAGAUAAUUCAGGCACAAGACAGUUGGAAUCCAAGCAGAAUAAAAAAACUUCACUUGACACAAACUACGUGAAUGAAACGCAUGUUCAGGAUUUUUUGAGGGCAUUACGGUACGAUCCAAUACGCGAUGUACCUGACGAAGCUGUCAACCAGGCUGAACAUAUCUCUGCUUGGUCUGAUGCAUUGCCUAGAAGUAAUACACCUAAAAGUAAACGUAAACUCAAAGAACAAGAAUCCGCUAAACCUAAAGGUAUAUCGCAUGUCUUAUUGCAAUACCCUUUGAUUAUCUUGAUUGGUUUUGUCAUGUUGAUUGAAUUAACAGCCUAUAUUUCAUUACGUCAAAUCGUCCGAGUUUGGGAAAAUGUGUUUAGUUGGCGAGGUGAAAAGAAGAGACUAAGGGAUAAGCUGAGAGAGUCAAGGAAUUAUAAGGAAUGGUGUGAAGCAGCAGAUGCACUUGAUAAACAUAUGAAGAAAGACGAAUGGAAAAAAAUUAUUCCCUAUGCUUACUAUGAUUAUCGAUUGUUGCAGAAAGUAGUCCGACAUUUAAAAAAGUACCGUUCAAGUGAUACAGCUGAAGAUGCCACUAAUCUAAUGGAUGUGCUCUAUGUCUGUCUGAAGCAGAACUUUGCUGGUAUUGAAAAUGGACGCAUGUAUAGCAACACUUAUUUAGGCACCAAAUCACUCUUGGAAGAAUACGUAGAAGAAGUGACGAAAUCCAUUGAUACACUAGCAAGGAGUAAGCAUAUCUCAAUUGAAGAAAAACGACUUGCAUUCAAAUUAUACAGUAAAAACUACGGUCGCACAGCAUUUUGUUUAUCAGGAGGAGCAGGGUUUGGUUAUUAUCAUUUAGGCGUCAUUAGAGCAUUACUGGAUCGCGGUCUUUUGCCUACAAUUAUCACUGGUACAAGUGCAGGUUCAUUGAUGUCUGCUAUUGUAUGUACACGCACAGAUGAAGAAUUAAACGAAAUACUCAACCCAGCACUUGCUAAACGAAUUCAAAUUUGUCAAGACAGUUGGAAGACAAUGUUUAUUCGAUUCAUGAAGACAGGAGCCGUGUUUGACUCAGAACAAUGGUGCCGUGAAGCUAUGUGGUUUUGCAAAGGUUCGAUCACUUUUAAGGAAGCUUAUGAAAGAACAGGUCGUAUCUUCAAUGUCUCUGUGAUUCCUUAUGACCCACACUCUCCUCCAAAACUUCUCAACUACAUUACAGCACCUAAUUGUGUUAUUUGGAGUGCUAUCCUUGCUUCCGCUGCUAUUCCUGGUAUCUUAAACUCCGUUGUGUUAAUGCAGAAAAAAAAAGGAUCAGACCACCUCGUACCUUACAAUUAUGGACACAAAUAUAAAGAUGGCAGUCUGUCAACAGAUAUUCCUACACUUGCGUUGAACACUCAGUUUAAUGUAAAUUAUACUGUUGUUAGUCAAGUCAAUCCUCACGUUCAUGUCUUCUUUUAUGCCAAUCAAGGAAGUCCUGGUAGACCCGUCACUCAUCUUCAGGGCAGAGGAUGGCGUGGUGGCUUCUUGGCUUCUACUAUUGAACAAAUGCUCAAAUUAGACUUGGCAAAGUGGCUCAAGGUAUUACGUUCAUUAAAAUUAUUGCCUAAAGUACAUGAUCAAGAUUGGAGUUCGAUAUGGUUACAAAAGUUUGAUGGCAAUGUCACUAUUUUGCCAAAAACUGGUCUUUCAGACUGGUUCCAUAUUCUGCGUGAUCCUGAUGAAGAGCGACUAAAGAAGUUGAUGCUUUCAGGACAGUUGCGUACAUGGCCUAAAAUAUCCAUGAUUUCAAAUCGAAUGCGUAUUGAAUUCUCUAUUGAAAAAGCACGUCGAGCACUUCGUAUAGCUCAUAAAAACAAGCGAGAGAACUCACGCUCAGAAUCAGAACUACUCAAACUAUCUCAACAUCUUGAGAACCAAGAUUUGACGCAUGGUAACAUAAGUGAUGCUGGUAGUGGUGAUGAAAUGAUGUUUUUAUCUCGUCGUCGUGUUAGUAUGCCUGGUGCUUCUUUGGUACCUAUUGAAGAUAAAGAUAUGAUAGAUGAGCACAACAGAAGACGCAAGUUUAUGGCUCAAUUUGUAGAUUCUGCAAAGGAAGGCAUCAAUACCACUCAAUCUUCUCUCUAUCCAGACUCGGAUUCAGAUGCAAAUGCAGUCAUUUCAACGAGUCCAACAGAGGAAUCAUAAUAGACAUCUAUUUUUUAAAGCAUAAAAUAUACCAUUCAAUGUGUCACU